AUGGCUCUAGGCAUGGAGUCCGAUCCUCCUAUCCUCUCGCACGACCCCGAGAACCCUGAUGCAUCGAUCAACGUCACCGCGUCGCUUGCGUACUGGGAAAGCGUGACAUCAGACAACAAUGGCAUGCUUGGCGGCUUUCCACAAACCUCGCGCAUCGACCUGCAAGGCUCCUCCAACUUCUUCACAAAGCUGCGCCGCGCACAGACAGGCCAGGCUGCAGCAACAAAACAAGCGUUGCCGCUUCUAGAUCGCGUAGCAGACUGCGGGGCAGGCAUUGGGCGGAUAACGAAGGGCUUCUUGUUGGGCGUGGGCAGGCGAGUCGAUAUCGUGGAGCCGGUGAAGAAAUUUACCGAUGAGCUCGUCAAGGAACUGGAGAACACACAGGCAGAGGCUGCAGGAGAGGCCACCGGGAAGGGACAGGUUGGCGAAGUGUUCAACCUUGGUCUGCAAGACUGGGUACCUGAAUCUGGCGCGUACAACCUGAUAUGGAACCAGUGGUGCGUGGGCCACUUAACGGACGAGCAAUUGGUGACAUACCUGGAACGGUGUAAAGCAGGGCUCGUCAAGCCUGGCGAUGGCGACGUGAAGGCCGAUUCAUGGAUAGUGGUCAAGGAGAACCUGUCUACGGACAUCAGACACAGAGACAUCUACGACGAGGAGGAUUCGAGUGUUACGCGGAGUGACGAGAAGUUCAGAAAGCUGUUCAAAGACGCAAGGCUGAAGCUUGUGGCCACAGAGCUGCAAAGAGGGAUGCCGAAGGAGUUGUACCCUGUACGCAUCUACGCUUUGAAGCCCGAGUAA